CUCGAGCAGCAGAUCCAUCAAAAGGAAUUAUAUUUGUCAUUUCACCUGCAAUGAUUCCGGUUAACUUUUUUUCACGUUUAUUGUCCUGUAUUGCAUUCCAUUUUUUCAGAUUUCCAGGAGACGUUUUUUAUAUUUCUGUCUCAUGAGGAAAUUUAUGAACCUCCACAAAAGAAAAACACUUUGGACAGACAACAGACGACUGAGAAUUAAGGGUUGAAAAUUCAACAUAUGGAUUCUGUUGAUCAGUCUUUCUGCUGAAAAUCCAUCUGUGCAAAACAGGCAAACGAUGAGAUUGACAAUGGUCGUCCUUUGGACGACGGCCUUGUUGGUGUUGCUCCAGGAGAGCGUUUCAUCCCCCGACAGCUUUGUGGAUCGCUCCGCCCAAAACCUCUCAUCUGUCCCUCAGGACUUGCCAAACACAACUGAGUCUUUAGACCUGUCUCGCAAUCGAAUAAACCAGCUUCACAGCGGAGACUUUAAAAACACGCCUCUCCUGAAGUUCCUGAACAUGUCCUGGAACAGUCUGAAGGACAUUGAUGCAAAGACAUUUUCGGACACGCCACUCCUGGAGGAUCUGGACCUGUCCCACAACAGUCUGAAGAACCUGUCGGGCCAACCAUACCUGCUCCACACAGGGAACCUGCUGGUGCUGAACUUAACCUGGAACAUGUUUCCUACCAUGACUUUGGGGAGCGAAUUUAGUCACCUCGAAAAACUGGAGAGAUUAUCAGCUGGAGCCACAAACAUCAGCGUGGAUGAUUUUAAGAACCUUGAUAAAGUGAAUCUGCAGAUGCUGAGUCUUUCCCUGGAAGAUGAACUGCUGUAUGAGUCGGGAAGCCUGAAGGCCGUCCGUGCCCAUAGGCUUCAGAUCGUCUUCAGCAGUUUUCAAAUAGUGGACCCUGGUCUGGUUUCUGAUGCACUGACACAUUUUGAUGAAGUAGAGCUCGUGAAUUUAACAGGUGGCUUCAAAAGCUUAAGUAGGCAGCUGAGCGAGGAAGCAAAAAUUUACACUUCUCAUCUUUACUUCAGUAACAUAUUAAUUGACUGGAGUGACCUAACCAGUUUAGUGAAUGUGGCUCUGCACAAAAACAUUGCUCAUUUCAGUGUCUCCGAUAUGGCCAUAUUCAACCUGCCUCUUUUUGAGACUGCAGUAACCGACAAAUCAAAAAUGGUGUCCUUUACAGCCAGACGGGUUGUGACGAAAUCUUUUAUCUUUUCACAGGAGGCAGUCUACAACUUCUUUAUCAACAUGCCAGUUAAGAGUUUGGCAGUUGUAGAGACUCCGCUAAUUUACAUGACCUGUCCAAAAUCUCCAAGUCCUCUCGUCCAGCUGGACUUCUCCCAUGAUGCCAUGUCUGACUCAAUCUUCUCCAGAGUAGAGCACCAACAGACCAUAAACUGUGAGAAUCUGGCAAAUUUGAGGAAUUUGACUCUUGCAGACAACAAUCUUAAAAGUCUUCACGUGUUAAGUAAGCGUUUUCACAACAUGACGUCACUGCAACACCUGGACCUCAGCCUCAACUCCAUCGUUUAUAAAGAUUCUAUUAGGUGUUUCUGGCCACCUGGCAUCACUGUGAUGAAUCUGUCUUUUAACAGUUUGACAGACUCUGUUUUUGAAUGUCUCCCAAAUAAGCUACAGAUCCUGGACCUUCAAAACAACCAGAUUCUUGCAAUACCGUCGACCAUUUUAAAACUGGAAAACCUUUCGUCGCUAAAUCUGAAUGCCAACAAGCUGCGAGAGCUGCCAGUUUGUGGUACAUUUCCUGCCCUGAACAAUCUUUUGCUCAAGUUGAAUUCUCUUCAUGCUCCAUCUAUAAGCAAGCUGGAAACCUGCCCUAAACUGAAAAUCCUGGAUGUCAGCCACAACCCUUUCACCUGCACCUGCUCUCUGAGGGGCUUCAUCAGACUUGGUAUCUCAUCUGAAAGAAAAGACCACUCCGGCAUUGAAGUAAUGGACUGGCCUCUGGGCUAUUCCUGCAGCUACCCAGAGGCUGUAAAAAAUUCAGCCUUGAAGGAUUUCUGGAUCCCAGAGGUUAUGUGCAACGUCUGGCUUCUGGCAUCUGCCAUCUUGGUCCCGGCGGUAGUUCUUAUUGUGUCCGUUGUGGUCCUGUGUCACCGUCUGGAUGUUCCCUGGUACAUCGGUAUGAUCUGGCAGUGGACCAGAGCCAAACGCCGAGCAAGAAUACGGCAGGUUGGAGCUGCAGAUCUGGCGGGCGUCGAAUUCCACGCGUUUGUGUCUUAUAGUCAGCACGACGCCGACUGGGUGCACCAAGACCUUCUUCCUAAUCUGGAAGGAGGACUCAGAAUCUCCCACCACGAAAAACACUUUGUGCCAGGAAAAACCAUCAUUGAGAACAUCAUCAACUGCGUGGAGAAAAGCUGGCGAGCAGUGUUCGUGCUCUCUGCUCACUUUGUCAAGAGUGAGUGGUGCCACUACGAGCUUUACUUCGCCAGUCACCAGCGCGUCGCUCGAGGAUCGGACAGCAUCGUGCUGGUGCUGCUCGAGCCGCUGCCUCAGUACCUGAUCCCAUCCAAGUACUACCAGCUGAAGUCCAUGAUGAGCCGCCACACCUACCUGGAGUGGCCUCAGGACAGAGUCAAGCAGCGGCUGUUCUGGGCGAACCUCAGAGCCGCGCUGCAGGCGGACCUGCCAGACGCAGCGGCGGCACAAAUACAAGAAUGAGCCGCAAGAUGAGCAGAUUAUUUUUUUUUGCUUGCUUUGAUAAAUCUUAAAUUAGUUGUGAAUGCAGUUUAUGUACACAUGGUGGAUGUCAAUGAUUGAUGUCAAUAUAUUCAAACAUCAGAUCACAUUUAUUUGACGUUAUAAACUGACAAAAAGAUCAACGACGUUAUAAAAAAAUAAAGUUUC